AAAUUGAUCACCCCCAUUAAAACCAUUUUCUCCUAAAAAAAAACUUAUAACAAUACAUAUAUAUCUUCAUUUUUCUCAUCACCAACAUUUAAACUUCUUGAAGAAAAAAAAAAAGAUGGAUUUGACUAAAACGAGUGGUGAGACAAAGUCCACCAAAUCGAAAAAUGUUCCCUACAUUGCAAUGCAAGAAAGAAUAUACGGGCCGUGUAGAAGAGGGUUAGCCAUUCUCGACUUUAUUAUGAGGAUUUGUGCGCUUGUGGCGGCUUUGUCAGCAGCCACAACUAUGGGCACCACCGAUCAAACCCUUCCUUUCUUCACUCAGUUCUCCCAAUUCCAAGCUAGUUAUGAUGACCUCCCGGCCUUCAAGUUUUUCGUGGUGGCAAAUGCAGUAGCCAGUGGAUACCUUGUCCUAUCGUUGCCUUUCUCCAUUGUUUGCAUUGUUCGUCCUCAAGCUGCAGGAAUUAAGCUCCUCCUCCUCCUCUUUGAUACUGCGCUGGUGGCUCUUACAACGGCAGGGGCGGCGGCGGCGGCCGCCAUCGUGUAUUUGGCGCACAACGGGAAUUCGAAGACAAAUUGGGUGUCUAUUUGUCAACAGUUUAAUGAUUUUUGCCAGCGGACAAGCGGUGCGGUGGUGGCCGCUUUUAUCGGCGCCGCCAUCUUCAUAUUCUUGGUUCUGCUUUCUGCCCUGGCGCUUGCUAAGCAAUGAUAAUAAGUCGGGUUAAUUACGAAACUGCACCAAAAGUGGUUUUUAAGGAACUUUUUUUAAUUAACCCAGAUUAUAUGUGCACCCUUGCGUUU